UCCCGCCCCUCCUACCGUCAACAACUGGAUUCCAGCUAUUUGUAUUUUCGUCAACUAGCACUACUAGCCUGCUAAUGAUUCAUUGCGUUCGUAAAAAAAACGAGUUAGCCAAUCUGGAUGGACAUUUAUUCGUUUUUGUUUUCUUGAAACACAAUACAUCGACAGCUCGUGCCGAUGUGCAGUCAAUGUAAGCUGAAGGACCGACGAGAGCGGAGAGAUCGCCUUGCACACCGUCCUUUAGCUGCCUCUGAAACCAGCUAACGUUAACACCGUAGUACAGAUCUCGUUAGCUGGCUGGCUGACAGCUGGUUCGGUUAGCUACGUGCCUUCAACAGUAUCGUUGCUAAUGUUUAGUCUCUGAAACAAUGAAUUGUCUCUGACAUUGAGAGGACUGAGGCCCAUUUGGUUGUCACAUUGGAGUAACCGGAGACCAGAACUAGCAACGGUGGGUCUUGGUUGACUCUACGGUGGUGCCAUUGAACAUAAGUGGGUGAGCGGUUAGUCCACUUGCCGAUGCACCCCUGGUUUUGACCUGUCAGAGCUGCCAAUAUGAUGCCGAUGAUAUUAACGGUGUACCUCAGCGAUGGGGAACAGGCUGUGACUGAGGUGCCCAUCACCCCUGAGACAACGUGCCGCGAUGUUGUCGAGUUCUGCAAGGAGCCCGGCGAGAGCGGCUGCCACCUGGCUGAGGUCUGGAGAGGCAACGAGCGAGCGAUUCCCUUCGAGCACAUGAUGUAUGAACAUCUGCAGAAAUGGGGGCCUCGGAAACAAGAAGUCAAGUUCUUCCUCCGGCAUGAAGAUUCGCCAACGGAGAGCAGUGAUCAAGGGAGUCAGCAGUCUCAGGAUCAGACGAGUCGCAGAAGUGGAAACACUGGAGAGAAGCACAAUGAGAACGGGGUGGGGAAUCAGCGCGUGGAGCUCACACUGUCAGAGCUGCAGGAGAUGGCCACGCGGCAGCAGCAGCAAAUCGAGGCUCAGCAGCAGAUGCUCGUCGCAAAGGAGCAACGUUUGCGUUACCUGAAGCAGCAGGAGCGGCGUCAGCAGCAAACCGUUUCAGAGAGCGAGAAGCUGCAGAGGCUGAAAGACCGUGUAGAGAGCCAGGAGUCAAAGCUCAAGAAGAUCCGGGCAAUGAGAGGCCAGGUGGACUACAGCAAGGUCAUCAAUGGCAACCUGUCGGCAGAGAUUGAGCAAGUCAGCAGCCUGUUCCAAGAGAAGCAAGCCGAGUUACAGUCUGCAGUGCUGAGGGUGGAGCAGCUCAGCCUGCAGCUGGAGGACCUGCGCAGGGGAAAGCUCAACGGCAUACAGACCACCUUGGGGGGGCAAGUAACCGGCACUGCAGCCCUAGAGCUCCGGAAACUCUACCAGGAGCUUCAGAUCCGGAACAAGUUGAACCAGGAGCAAAACAGCAAGCUGAAGCAACAAAAGGACCUUCUCAACAAACGCAACAUGGAAGUGACGCUCAUGGACAAGCGCAUCAGCGAGCUGCGGGAACGCCUCUACAAGAAAAAAGCUGAGGCACGUCAAAAAGAAAACCUUCCCCUGAACAGAGCCAACGGGCCUCCCUCUCCCCAGCCUGCUCCUGGUACUCUGGGCCGUGUUGCUGCUGUCGGGCCGUACAUCCAGGUCCCUGUACCAGGCCGGCAGGAAGGAGGCUACACCAUACCACCAGAUCCACUGAAGCCUCAGGCUCUGGGCGUUAAUAACACCGCCAACCAAGGCCGCACCAAGUCAGCUAAUGAUACUGGUUGGCCUACUUUAGGCAAGACCACCACAUCUCUAAAGCCUCCUGAGAGACGAGACUCAGGGACUGAUACCCAGGGCAAGAGCCCUCCCUCAGGCUCCCCCGUCACUCCAAGUGCAGAAAAGGUGCUAGACCCCAAAACGGCCGUGUCCUCCCCUGCCAUAUCCAAGCCACAGCCGCCUCCCUAUGGCUCCCACCUCACCUCUGCAAACUCAGCCAGCUCCUUGGAUCGGCGCAAGGAUGUACCUCCUCCUCCUCGCCCGCUCCCGAACCCGCCAGCACCUGCUUGGCCCCGCGUCCCCGCCUCCACAGGCUCAUCCUCGCAGCAGAUCCAGCAGCGAAUCUCGGUGCCGCCAAGUCCCACCUUUCAGCCUAAUGCACCGCUUUUCCCUCCUGGGAUGAGUGAGCGACUGGAUCCCCCGCCAGCUGUGGCAGUACGCCCCUUCAUCCCAGACCGAGGAUCACGGCCUCAGUCGCCCCGAAAGGGCCCCCCUACCAUGAACUCCAGCUCCAUCUAUCACAUGUACCUCCAGCAGGCAGCGCCAAAGAGCCAGACACUCAAGCCUGCUCUCAAAGCAGUAUAUGGGAAGCCUGUUCUCCCACCUAGCUCGACCCCCCCCUCGCCUCUGCCUUUUGCCCCGGCAGGAGGGGCCUUCCCAUUGCUCCAAGGCCACCUCGGUGGUGAGGACACUUUGGAUGGAGAAUUUGAUGAUCACGAGUACUUCCAACACCCGGAGCCAUUGGCGCCUCCUCCCAGUGUGGAGAACAUCCCACGGCCACUCAGCCCUACUAAGCUAACGCCCAUGGUACACUCCCCGCUGCGCUAUCAAAGUGACGCCGAUCUUGAGGUGCUCCGCAAAAAACUGGCCAACGCUCCGAGACCGCUCAAGAAGCGCAGCUCCAUCACAGAACCGGAGGGCCCCAGCGGACCCAACAUCCAGAAACUGCUCUACCAGAGGUUCAACACUCUAGCAGGAGGCAUAGAGGGAAAUGGAGUCAGUGGAUCAGGAAGUGGCAACGGUGCAGGUAAUGGAAUGCCAUUUUAUCAGCCAGCUAAUCCUCCCGCGUAUCUGGGAGGCGACUCUGUGGCUGACACCGACAAUGGCAACCUCCCCUCUGAGACGCCGCUACCACCACCACCGGAGGGACAGGACCUGGGCUCUGAGGCUCCGCCUCCAUCUACUGACGCUAAUGACAAUGAGCCGCUGCCCUCGCCACCAGAGCUGGAUCCUGCUGAAGCGGAGGAAGCAGAGGAGGACGACAACAAUAACAACGUGGGAAGCCCUGAGGUGUCGUUGCCCAGCCCCGUGCCAGAGGUGACCACUCCAGAAGAGAGCGGCAAAGUGGCCUCACAGCCCCUGGACAAGCGCACAAACCUGAAGAAGCCAAACUCUGAGCGCACUGGCCACGGCUUCAGGGUGAAGUUCAACCCUCUGGCCCUGCUGCUGGAUGCCUCAUUGGAGGGAGAGUUUGACCUCGUCCAGAGGAUCAUCUAUGAGGUAUGUCACGACUGUGUGGAGAAUCCUAGCACUGCCAAUGACGAGGGCAUCACACCCCUGCACAAUGCAGUGUGCGCGGGACAUCACCACAUUGUCAAGUUCCUGCUGGAUUUUGGUGUGAACGUCAAUGCUGCAGACAGUGAUGGCUGGACUCCGCUUCACUGCGCCGCGUCCUGCAACAGUGUUCAUCUCUGCAAGUUGUUGGUCGAGUCAGGGGCCGCCAUCUUUGCCAGCACCAUUAGUGAUGUGGAGACUGCUGCAGAUAAAUGCGAGGAAAUGGAAGAGGGCUACAUCCAGUGCUCCCAGUUUCUAUAUGGUGUUCAGGAGAAGUUGGGUGUAAUGAACAAGGGGACCGUGUAUGCUCUGUGGGAUUAUAAAACUCAGAACCAAGACGAGCUGGCGUUCAGCGAGGGGGACGCCAUCACUAUUCUGCGACGACAGGACGACAGUGAAACAGAGUGGUGGUGGGCGCGACUCGAGGACAACGAGGGCUACGUGCCCCGCAACCUGCUGGGGCUCUAUCCUAGGAUCAAGCCUCGUCAGCGCUCCCUGGCAUAGUGGCUCACUCCGCUGACCUCUGGCUAACAGCUGGACUAGUGACAAAAACCAAGAGCAGAGAACAAAGGAGCCUGGUGCUCUGUCUUCUCCCCGUGGCCAUAACCUCCCCCGGCCUUGUGCUUCUCACAAAAUCCUUUUUCUCUGACGCAGUGGGCACCGAACUCUGAUACCCAUAUUUACAUCUACACGCACAUAGAAACACUCGAUGAAAAACAAGCACUCCAAAUGCGAAAAAAUCUCUUAAACCACUCCAUCCUGAUUUGCACCCCCAACCACCAGCACCUUUCACCCUAUUGCUCUGUCAUUGUCCCAACUUGAUCUUACUCCGAUUCAGUGUCAGCUCUGUAUCAGACAUCAACUUGAAGAAUAAAACACUAACCCAUGUCUCAGUAUUUCUUGCAGUGGACUCUUCAGCCAUGAGUUCUGUGGUGGCACUGGUUUACAUGACACUGUAUGUUGACUGGAAAAUCAUCUCUACUGGUGAGGCGUUGCUGAUUUUUGUUAGUGGAAUGUACUUUGAGUUAUAGGACAUUAAGUAUUUUUUUUUAAUGCCAAUUUGAUCCCCUUGUGCGACAGAUGUGCUUUGUGUUUGAUUUUGCUGUAGUCUAACCACCAAAGAUGAAUAUAGGUUUACCCAUUUUAAUUCUAUAACUCCACAAGACCUUGAAGAAAAGUUGAGGACUGAGAUCAAACAAUUGAUUUGCUGCUAUCAGUAUUGAUUAAUGAUCUAAAGUCCUUCUAAAUAUGCUCAAGGAGCAGGAAAUGGAUUCAGGACUGGAAAAUAGAUAAUGUUGUAAACCCUCAGUAUUAACUACACAGGCCAGUCAAAACAAAUCCAGCGUAUUAAAGAAAAGGAUGGAUUGCAUUUCAAUUACAUCAUUGCGAGACUUGUUUUUUUCAUUAAGUGUCACAUGUUCAGAAUCUAGGAGUAUUGUGGAUGAUUCGUUUUUUUCUAUAAUGGGAGAUUUCGAGAUGCAUCAAGCUGUGUGAAAACACUGUUUGAAUGAACAAUCAAAAUAUUCACAAAGAAUUUGUAUUUCGCUGAAAUGAACGGCUCAGAUCCUAGUUCUUAAUGGUGUUAUUGGGUCAUUUUUGCUAUUUUCAAGUAAUUUGCAGUAUGUAUAAUGUUUUUAGGCAUUAAUAAUAAGUUGGUCCUCACUACAGAGAUUCAUAGUUUUUUAUUUAUUUAUUUUCUGGCAACUGACAACAUGGCAAGGAGACCUGCAAGCAGUAUCUCUACAUGAAAAGAAGAACUUGCAAAUAUUUAAUGAAAUCCUUCACUGCACCUCAAAAAACACUGAAAUCAUCACUCAAACCACGAUAAAAACUUUGUUACCCCACUAGACAAAGUUAACACUCAAUAUUAAUAACUUAUUUUUGUUCUACUAGCUGCUAAGUAGAUCUCUGGGCGCUUAACGUUGCAGUUAUUUUUCUGUGGCUGUGACAAACUCCACUUGAAACACUUAAUCUCAGGACCAACAUGGUGCUGCUGACACUGUUCCACCACUAAACUAGUGAUCAUAGUUCUAUUUUCUAUCUCAACAAACAUCACGUUCAAUUGAGCAGCGAACCAAAAAAAAAAAAAAAAAAAAAACUGAUCCGCAAUGGGCAUAAAUUGUUGAUCGAUGAAGAGACGGUUAUUGUGUCUGAAAUGUAACAUGAACACACAAAUGUUCAGAUUCAGUCUUUAAAUUCGCUUCAGACAAUCCUGAAUUUGCCCAGUUCUCUUCCUCUAGCUGCCCCCCUUUCAGGUAUACACCAUUCCAGUAACACUAAUACAUGCGUUAUAUGUCACAUUAUUGAACAUCUAGAGUCCAACAACUUGUUCUGAACCCUGAGUGACUGAGUGGUAUGCCAGGUGUGCUAAUGGCCCAGGCUUUAUGAUGGCUUGAUCUGUACAUAGUGUGAGGAGAUGUGUUCUAUGUCUGUUUGCUGUAUGGACAAGUGGGCUUUCUGUAUAAACGCUGUACUCACACAUUGAAUUCUGUAAAUGUGAACAAUAAAACAGAGGCUCUGGCAUGACUAAUGUAUUUCAGUGUCGUAUCAGCGAAAUAAUGCAGUUUUUCAUUUUAUAAAAUGUGUAAAUAUUG